AUGGUGCUGAAGCAGAUUGGUGUUCGCACCACUCAAGACAAACAGAUGGAGGAACGUGAGAAUGCUUUGAUGGAAGCGAUUGCGAGGGAUAACGAAAACCCGUUUCAGCGGGGAGCUGACGCUAUGCUUGGUGCGGCCAGUUACUUGUACACCAACUACUUAUAUACAUCUGGAACACUGCUUUUGGCGUGGACGUGGUGGGGGCUCUAUCCACGCUACGCACGGUUUCGUCAGAAGCACAUCAUGCGCUUUCGUCGUGCGCAACAGUGUGAAUUUCGUCGAUGGUUCUUCUACACGCGGCAUAUACCAAAAUGGGACAAGAAAUAUUUACAGCGGCUGGAGUUACCGCGUCGGACGCCGCAUGGGAUGGUUGCAGCCCACAACUUUUCGUCGUACGCUAAUGUAGGCACCCUUUCGGUACCAUCGACUUCAUCAUUAGCUUUGUCGCAUGAUGCGGAUGCGGGGGUCGUAAUACCUGCAGCCAAUGAAGCUGCGAAAGAUUUAUCGCCUUUGAUCACGGUUCAUCUCACAGAUGGAGCCUCAUUUGCGGGUGGAUCUCGUGCAAAAAUGGAGAGGACUGUUGCUUCAGGCAUCUGUAGCCUAAAUGAAUUGUUGCAGCGGCAGGUAGGGGAGGGUCGCAUAUUGGGCUGGGAGUCUCUGGACCCCGAUGCAGUGCAAGGGGAAGUGCAACAGCUAGUGAAGAAAGCGGGCGGCGUCGUUGUACUGAAGGAGACCCACGAAACACGGCGGUCCGUACCCGUAGAUCGUGAGGUCUGGUGGGUCUCGCUCGAGGAAGCAAAUAGACGACGGGAAUGGUGGUUCUGGUUGCAGGUGCUCGUUGCCGCCCGCAUCUUGGAGGAUCUACUCGAUAUGCCGGAGAUGCCCGACUUUGUGCAGUAA